AUGGAGAUCCUCUCUGACGACGAGGAGUCUCCUGCUGCAGAACCUGUUUCAUCUUCGCUGCUUGCUGUGCCGCUGGUGGAGGGCUCUGCCUCUGCCGAGGUGUUGGACUCGGAUGACGAGCCGGCCUUGACGCCUGAGGUUGCGAAGUUACCAUCAACACACGGCCGCUCGGAGAUGCCAUCGACCGAGGUGAAACCUGCAGCUGGGACGCCUGGUGCCCCAAAUCUUGCAGUGAGGCCUUUUGGGAUCAAGAUGGCCUGCUCCUCGAGGCCGCGCGAUUCGGAAUCGGUGCAUGCGGCUGCUGUCAAGGAGCCAUCCUCCAACAUAAAGGGGACUCCAAAGGCGGCGGUGCAGCCACGCGCUGUGGAGGACUCCGACAAUGUGCAGGAGAAUUGCGAAGCACACAGCCGAGUGGAGGCACCGGAGCAGUCAGCAUCGUUGCACAAGGUGUUGGCAGAGGUCGCUUCACUGCGAGCCGCUCUUUGUCAGUCGGAG